AGUUAUCCUUUGCACGAGUGACUACGCAUCGUCCUGGUGGGGACUCAAGUCGCGAGUUUCGUCCUUACACCGCCAAAUUCAACCAGUAUUCGAUUGAUUUUGCACGAGGUUGUACAUAGUGCUCAUACUUUAAUUUUUAUUUUUGGAAUAUACAUCACUAAAACAAAUCAUUAAUAAUGGGUGGAAUGACACAGCGACCUUGGACCCCAACAAAGCGUCGUGGCCCCAUCGCUGCUGAAUUCAAAGGUCCUGGACCAGCAUGCGUGGCGUUACCGUCCUAUAUAGGAAGAAGAACUACCGAAUCAAGAUCUGAACGAGCUCCAGCGUUUAGUUUCGGAUCAAGGCAAAAUGGAAAAUUAGAAAGCAUCGGCCCAGGUCCGGGUCAAUAUAACAUAACAGGAAUGAGUGCAAAAGGUAAAGACACACCCCCAGCAUUAAGCUUACACAGCAGGCCAAAAGACCAAAAGCCUGAAAAUUUUCCGGCUCCCGGAGACUAUAAUCCAGAUAAGGCUGAAAAAGUGAUACACGACAGUGCUCCAAAAUAUACAUUUGGGCUAAAGACUAACGUAGAUAAACCACUAGACACUCCAGCUCCCAAUGUCUACAAAAUAGCCGAGACUCUAACAGCCGAUGCUCCAAAAUACACGUUUGGAACCAAGGUCAACGUAGAAAAACCAGAUAUUGUGCCUGCCCCCAAUGUCUACAAAAUUGCCGAGACUCUAACAGCCGAUGCUCCAAAAUACACUUUUGGAACCAAGGUCAACGUAGAAAAACCAGAUAUUGUGCCUGCUCCCAACGUCUACAAAAUAUCAGAUUCAAUUAUCGCCGACGCACCGAAAUAUAGUUUUGGAUCAAAAGUAAAUCUGGAAAAACCACUGGAUGUUCCUGCUCCAAACAGUUACAACGUUCCUAGAGCAGAUAAUGUUUUAAGAAGGUCUCUAAGGUAUAGCUUUGGACGUAAAACUAAUAGUAAAAAUUAUAGUGUAACUCCUGCACCAAACGUAUAUAAUAUCCCAUCGGCUGUGGGUGACAGAGGAUCACCGGCUUAUACCAUAUCUGGUCGGACUAAGGAACUUUUAGACGAACGUGUUAAAAAUCCUGCUCCAGGGCAGUACAAUAAUGUAGAUCCGGAGUUCUAUAAAAGCCAUUCUCCAGCAUACACGAUGAGCGGACGAAUUAACGUUCCCAAAGAUGAUAAAAUUCCUGGACCUGGUGUUUAUUCUCCUGAAAAAGUUACUUUAGAUGCUCCGCCAGCACAUAGUUUUGGAAUAAGACAUUCCCCAUUCUCUGAACACUAUUGAUCAACACCGUCAAACCGAAAACACCGACCGACUGUGUAACUUCCAUCCGAAGGACACAGAAAUCAUCAAAGAACAACUAUAUCGGUUCUUAAAAUAUUAUAAACUUAUUGAAAGCGUUUGAACGGGUUUAGAAUCUUUUAAAAACUGUCUCAAGAGUAGCAUUUAUAUACCUCAACGUGAAUAUUAUUUAAAUUAAAUAUUUUAGGUUUAUUACUGCAGGAUUUGCUUUUUUUCUAAUACGUUGCUAUUAAUACAUGCUUUGAAAAGUUUUGAGAUGGUGAAUUUUAAAUGUACAAGCUUGUUUGCCACUUAAAUGCUAUUUUUGAUAGUCUCAUACCUGUCACUUUUUCGAAAAAGUAACAUUUUUAUCAUUUUUUAAAUAAAAUAUUUAAAAUUU